UCUCAGACCAAGUAGCGCUUUUCUUUUCGCUGCAACCACCACCAUCUCCGAGACACAGCUUCGCUGCUGGCUAUACCACAAGUUUACAAGCCAGCCUGGAUGUCCGUGUCUUUUACUAUCGCUUAGCUGCAAUCAGCUCUGCGUCAUAGCUAUCUUCAAUAUCGCUUGCACUUGUCUCUGCGAAUAUUGUAUUGCGCUCAACCUUCUGUAUCAUAUCUCCUACCCAACUGUCAAGCUUAUUUAGAAAUGCUCGCGCCGUGUCGAAAUCAUAGAACAGAGGCCAAAUACAAUGUCACAACAGAAUUCCCAUACCUCGGUUUACAUUCGGCCUCAGCAUCAGGGGAUAUUGGGCUCGUACAGUAUGCAUUGUCCCAUGGACAACCAGUCAAUUCAGUCCUCGAUGGCGUGCUCCCUCUGCAUGCAGCUUGUGCAGGGGGAAAUGAUCUGGUGGUCAAACUUCUGAUCGAGCAUGGUGCAGACGUCAAUGCACCAAGAUUACCUAGGCGGUAUUCUGACAGGAACCGUGAUGUAUCAGCGCCGAUUGUGGGCACAUCAGGGUCUACUCCCCUCCAUUUUGCGUCUGCCAAUGGUCACCUGACGGUUGUUCGUACACUCCUUGCCCAUGGUGCAAUCCCAGACGGGGCAGACAAACACGGCAUUACUGCCGAACAUAUUGCACGGGAGAAUGGGUGGAUCGAAUGCGCUGAACUCCUUGCAGAGUGUGUGGCCAAUGUGAGGGAAAAACAGAGGUCCGCAAGGAGUGAUAAUAAGCCAGACAACGACACUGCUGUCCGCAGUGUACUCUGCCCUACUGACCACGCGGAAAGCCCGUUGCGAAGGCGUUUAAACUUCAAAUGCUCUAUCGAUCAUGCUCUCAACGCGUUAAAGAGUGGGAGUGGGAGCAGUACGCCUGACGUUGAAUCGAGGUCUGUUUCGUUGCAUCCCGACUCCUUGGAGCAGAGCCAACCUAGGGAAUCGACCCAUCCCGCACCGCUUGUCCCUGGUCGGCGACCAUCGCUACCACAGGCUGACGACGGGCGGAGUCCGGGAGUCUUGUCUCGCUCACGCCGCCCUAGAUCUGCAGGAACAGGCGCCGAAACAACUUCUCGCAAACUGCAUCCCAAGCUAUCCCUUCUCAGCCUUUUUAGGAAGUCCAAUGAUGAUGGAUCCAAUUCGAGCGUGACUUCUAUUCCGGAGCAUAAAGGCCGUUUCCCUUUGCCGUCAUCAUCCAUGCCUUGCGACCCUUCACCACCUUCCAGUGUUGCUGGUUCACCACCGAACCAUUCCACUUCCCUUUCUUCUUCGCCUCGUGAUGCUUCUCAGCACGAGUAUCAAGGCCGGUCGGAUAGUGCUGCCUCCGUCUCGGGGGUUGGAGAUUCCGCCCUACAUCCUGCUGAACUGCAGAAUAGUUUUGCUGACAACCAUCAUUCUACUCCCGGUUCGAGUUCUGCGUCAGGCUUCAGUGAAGGAAAAGCUACGGACAACGUGUCUAUGUCUUCUUCUGGAGUCCCCCUUCGGCAGGGCAUACUCCGAAUGCAUAACCGGUCGUCGUCCGCGGGGCAUAGUGCAUCGGAGCAACCUCUGACCUCUUCUCGUAUCCUUCGCUUCCAGAGUUCAACCUCCAGUAUCAAGUCUAUUGGCCGCUCUCGCAAUCCUAGCGGACGCGGCGGGCAAUCAUCACGCUCUUUAAAUACCUCUUCCGGUGGACAACUUGAAGAGGACCACGAUGGCAUUCCAGACACUAUCGAAGAGUCGCCAGUUGUACCGCCGCAACCAAACCCGCCGAUUUUUAUCAACCUUCUGGAUGAUGAAGACGAUAUGGAUGAAGAAUAUGGGGUGCCUUUGAAUAGUACGACUCUUCCCUCCGGAUCUACCGACUCCGUUGGUCCAUCGAUGGGUGUCUCGCCAUUACCUUUUAGCAUAAGCUCUCCCCCGCCCACGGAAGAGCUGGCAACCUCUUCGACAGCAGACAGCAGAUUGCGCGGAGAUUCGAUCAGCAGCAAGGACACUACAAGUACCACGAGUACAUAUCCACCAUCCAGUUCUAGUGAUGCGGUAUGGAGCUUGGGCACUCCAGACACUCCACACCUGUCACCCCACCCAAUUAUCGUCCCCGUACAGGGCGAGAUAUCUUCCGUCAAUGGAUUAGUACACGAGACCCGCGAAUCUCAUCGCGCGAAGCCUUUGUUGCUUGAUAUAAACAUCUCGAGCAUCUCGAGCAUAUCUUCAUAUGCACAGGCGGAAGAACUGGUGCAACGAACUCAACAAUCCAUAAUGAACAUGGAGCAAUACCUUGAAGGCAAUACCACAAGAAACACCGAAACGGGCAGAACUGCUCUCAGUGCGAAAUUGGCAGCAUACGGGGAGAGCCUGGCCAUUGAGCGACGGUUGAAGGAGGCAAGAACGUGGAAACGACCAAGUGAGGUAGAUAUGAAGAGAGUAUAUCACCGUGGUCGAUAUUCGCUCUCUUCCGCCAAUCUGUCGACGCCCGACAAUGCCAUGUCAAGGGCCCACAGUGCAGAUGCCGUUAUGAAUGAAGAAACUCCUGUUAGGGAGCAUGAAGCCUAUGGAGGGCACGCAUCGCGGAUUACAUCUGUUAGCGGCCCUGAUACUCACCCGACGUUGGGUGGCACUGAACGCUUCUUGUAUACGCCCCCGCGCUCCCGGACCCCCAAACUAGAUCCCGACUUCAAUGACGGUGUAUCGUUCUCCCACAUAUCAGCUGCACAUUCGACGAGAUUUCCAAGAAACUGUGGUCGAGACGCAGAUCCAACGCGUAGUGCACGCAAGCUUUCUCGCAUGGGCUUUUCCACAGUGGAUGCCUGGCACCCCAACCCAUAUAAGCGUGAAGUCUCCCGCUCGCCUCCACCGAAGCAUUUCUUCGGGGGCAUACGAACUUUGAUGCAGAGUUUGCAGGGUAAGUAAAUCACGAACAAUGUACCAAGAGACAGCGCGGCCGCAAACCUUCUUUGCUUCCUCUUUUCUCAGUUUUGUUAUUAUUAGCUGGUGUAGCAUCUUGCCCGUUUGUUCCCUCGAAUUUGUCAGAUUAUCAACAGUGUAUGCAAAGCGUAUGUAAAACA